CCAAGUAUGGCCGAGUCGACCAACCGCGGCUGUUGCCCAGCUCUCUCCAGUUCGAGAGUCAUCGAAACUAAGGCGACAGAUAUCUAUAGGAGUCGUCUUAUCGGCUCAUACGAGUCUCUACUUACUGCUCACCUCCCUCCAACACCCACUGCGGCUCAAUCAAAUCACGGCCCUGUGGAUGCCGUAUGCCAACCAUAACCUUCCAUGGUACUAUGCUCGCCCUCACAGUGCUCUUCAACCCCUCCGUUCACCCCCAGUGCCGAGCGACACAUAAACAUUCAGCGCCCUCCUUGCGCCCUCAGCGUCGCGUCACAGCUCGCUAAGAGCCGCUAUAGACUUGAGCGGUGAUGCGGGCACCUCCGUUGUCGGUAGUGCAUCGAGAGGAGGAAGAGGGGUGACAGAGGUUCUCGCAGUCUACGCUUGUUGAGCGUAUUCGCAAUGCGGCUACAACACAUCAAUCGCAUCCUAGAAGAUAGUAUCGACAUGCGCAAAUGCAUCCAGGCAUACGAAUGGGUGACGUGAACGUGCACAGGCACCACGCUCGCCUCGCACAUCUAGUCAUAUAUUGGUAGACACUGUUCACUUGCACGUAGCCAGCCAUUUAGCUAUACUCGCGCUUAUCGCUUUCCUCGUCGUGAUCUCAUUCUUAACUGAGCUUACUCCGUCUUCACGCUUGUGUUCAUGGUUUCACCUGCGUAGGUCCCGCAACGACCACGGAUAACUGCCCUGUUCAUAGGCAUCGUUAAUGUCAUGCACGCCAGGCGCGCAAUCUCUGAAGCUAUCGGGUCCACUAAGAACUCGGUCAUUGACAGGAUUCAACGUCUCCGAUAAAGCCUUCUCCAGGAAAAGCAAACAGUACUUUCGCAGCGACUACCUCGAUUUGACGCAGCACACCGAACAGAAGCAGAACGUGGGCAACUUCGGCGUGCGUUUGCAGUGUCAUGGUCAUGCGCGUCUAUGCGUUCUUUCGGUCCAAAAUAGAGGCUCGGCCUCGUUUGUAGAGCACUUGGCAUAUAUUAUUGUGGUUGCAAAGGUAGUAUCGGACGUUGGGGCUGUACUUACUCCCAUCUUGUGAUUUCUCUUCGCUCUCCUUCCUCGCAUAAACAUGCUCCGUUCAUUCAACUC